AUGACAAUGAAGAAGAAACUAAUAGCAAGCUUCUUCUCAAAGAUCACGUCCAAGAAAGCCAAUCCUACCCCACAAUCGCCGCCUCCACAAACACACGAUGCAAUCAUUCAAGAGCAACCGCGCAGCUCAGUCGAACAUGGCAGCAUGUCUCCCACGGAAGAGGUGAACCAAGAUCGUGUACCAACACCGCCACAAGAAACCGGGGAAGAAAAGGUCGAAACCCUUACUGAGGGUCAGCUCCGUACGCUCUUCGCUGGAGCCCCGCAGUUUGGCGUCACAAAGACAGACAGCCGCUACAUACCAACAGUCUCUUAUCCUUGGAACACUGAUACUGCCAUUAGAGAAGCAACCGACACAGUGCCUCUAGCCGAGCCUGCCUUCUCAGCUGCGACCCUACACGAACAUCUGUCCAAGACCCGACAGCUACCUGAGGCUUCGAGACAGUACAAUGGAUAUCAUGUAGAUGUGGUGGAAAUGCCGAGCAUGUUGAGUGCUCAGGGUGUUGAACCAGGGACUAUUGGCUUCUCGCAUUUCCUCGAGUUGCCCAAGUCCGACAUUCUCGCCAAUGAGUUAGAGCAAUCUCAAUCAAGCAAGGACUCCUUCGAGUCAGUCAAGAACAAGGAGACAUUGCAGACGACUCCUGAGCGCCUGGGUAUCCGUCCAGUCGAACUGAGCUUGAUAUACGACCGCUUGAUCGAGUUCCAGGACAUGUACGAAGCCUUCCAAGACAGCCCAGAACCCAUGACGAUCCUGAAUAACCAGAGUGCUGGAGACCUCUACGCGAACCUGUUCACUAAAUUUCUUACCCCACCGGGCUACGACGACUCUACAGAGGACCCUACGGGUUUACAGACACAAAUCGUUGCUCUACUCAGGGUAUUGGGGCUGAAGGGUGUCUGGUAUGACUUCAGUCUCGUCGAGUGGAGGAUAAGACUCGGUCAAAUAUUGUGGAGCGAGCCCGAGCCAGUUCCUGAGCACGAAAAUCAGCCCUUGUGGACGGAGCGCGAGAUUCUGUUGCUGCAAAUCACCUUGGCAUGUGAGCUUUUGCUCCGACUAGAUGCCUUCACCAAUGCCGAUGCGACCGACGCUCAGGUGCGGCUUCGGAUUGACGCCAAGGACGUCGAAGGAUUUCUCAACAUCAAGACGAGAAAGGUCGAUUGGGAUUUGGUUCUGGCGCGGAGAUUUCUGGACAACAUUGUGAUAAUGAGAGGCAGCGAUGCGCCAGUUUCGCCUAAGCCCAAAUUGCGCGGGUUGCUUUCAUUGCUAGGCCAAGGCGCCCAUGCAGAGAUACCGCAGUCCGACCUCGUUAUUCUUCCACAAUAUCAAUCUCAACAGCUUUCUGGGCUGCUUCACUUCGCGAAGACUCUCCAGUGGCCUAAUAUUGACGUGGUCUCGACGGAUCUGGCCCAGAAACUUGGAGUGCAAGACAAGACAGAAGAAGACAUGCCAUCAUCACCCAGCGGACGAUUGGUCGACACAUCAACCCCGUCUGGCAUUAGCAUAUACGGAACGCCAUUGCAAACACCACUCCCCUCUGGUCAUCAACUGGACAGCUACUUUGGCCAUGUCGGGAAGCCCGUGUUGAAUCGCAACAACUCUCGUGCCCUACGUAUGCCACUGUCCCCUGUGUCAACAAUGCCGGAGGACCACGCCAAUUUCAGUUUCAGCAUUGGAGGAUGGCUCAGUCGGUCGUAUUUAACUGGUCUUGUUCUUCCCGGAGAAGCCAUUUCACACUUUCUUAUCUCGACACUGCUUGAGAACGACAGCAUCGCUAUUGCCAAUCUUGGGGAAUCUGCAAAUCUUUAUGGAGGGUUUACCUUUGGCAAUAGAACGUUCUGGAGCAAGACUUCUGUCGUUGGACGGGUUUUGGCCUGUGUCAAAGGUUCUGCAGAGUGCAUGGGCUGGGUUUCAUGUCCCAAAGUACCCGACAGCCCUGGCGAACGUUGGUACUCGAUACACAGCGAAGUUCUUUCGUGUGAGAACCGUUCGCGAGUAAGAGAUAGCUUUGAAAUAGUCACAGAAGAGUCGGCCGUCGUCCCUAACGACUAUUUGGCUUCGGUGAAGUCGGAGGACUUCGUACUCCCUCAAGAUCUUAACCCAUCUCCGAAUUCUUCUUUCGCCUUCUCGCACUGGGAACUGGUGCCAAUCAAUACCGACCUCAUCGAUGGCGACAGCUUGACAGGGCCACUAACCGAAAGCGACGUCCACGCCCCAUCGAUGACAUUUGUUUCUGGCGAAGUGAGCCACAACAUCACCCUAACAUACGAUGUACAGUUCGUUACUUCUUUUCCCUGUACUACGGCAGCAUCUGCACCUCCCUCGAUCACUUACCGCCCUAAGAUCUUGAGGCGCUCAGUCACUGGAACGUUAUCGCGAUCUUCUUCAAAACAUAGCGUGACGCUAUCGCGUCGCAACAGCCAUGGCUUCGAGCCACUUCUAUCGCAUCCCCCAGACGCUGCAGGUAUUGCACCAAAGCGCAUGUACGAACCGCCUACCGGACCUGAAGUUGAAAUGUUUGCAACUAGCAGCAAGCCCAUGAACGCCCAUCCUCUGCACAAGUCAUACACUCACAAGAUCGUGCCAGUCACCGAUAUUCUGGACCCCGACUUUCUACUGCCAUUCGAGCUCCAUACGUCGAAAUCUACGGAACGCUUACUUGAUCUUUCACGGAGCAACGACAGCGAAACAGAAGAAAUGAUCAAGAACAACAAGAAAGCAGUGCUCGUACUAGACACUAGGGCUUCAUCAGACCUCCAGUUGCUCGCGCGAGCCUGGUGUGCAGAGAAGGGUCUACAUGCGAUCGUGAGUCGCGUAGGACGUACUUGCUUGGGUUGCUCCAUUCGAGAAGCCAGGGGCCUGGGUAUCAACAUCGUGAUCCGAGUAUAG